GGGGCGGGGCGCGGAGCCCCCGCCGCUCGCUCUGUCGCUCGCUCGCUCGCUUCCCCCGUCGGUGCCUCGGCGCGAGGCGGGCGUGAGAGCGCCGUGCGCGCGCGGGCGGGCGGGCGCGCGCGCCGGUCGGUCGGUCGGUUUCCAUGGUGAUCGCGCGGGGCGGCCGGUACCAGCGGAGCGCCCGGCACCCUUCCUUCCCCCCCACGCCCUUUCCGCGCCCCUUCCGCGCGGGGCCAUGUCCCGCGGGCACUGCCCCCACCUGCUGUGGGACGUGCGGAAGCGGAGCCUGGGGCUGGAGGAGCCCGGCCUGCUGCGGAGGCACUACCUGGAUUUGCAGGCUUUCCUCAGGAAGAUUGAAUGCAUCAUUAAUGCUGCUGCCUAGCAGGUAUCAUGAGGAAGGGAGAAGAGAAUUUAUCCAAAGAUUAAAACUUGAAGCAACCUUGAAUGUGCAUGAUGGAUGUGUGAAUACAAUUUGCUGGAAUGAUACAGGAGAAUAUAUUUUAUCUGGUUCAGAUGACACCAAUCUGGUAAUUAGUAAUCCCUACAGCAGAAAGGUUUUAACAACCAUUCGCUCAGGACACAGGGCCAAUAUUUUUAGUGCAAAAUUCUUACCGUGCACCAAUGACAAACAGAUUGUAUCAUGUUCUGGAGAUGGAGUCAUUUUUUACACUAACGUUGAACAAGAUGCGGAGACCAACAGACAAUGCCAGUAUACGUGCCACUAUGGAACUACCUAUGAGAUAAUGACAGUACCAAAUGAUCCCUAUACUUUCCUCUCUUGUGGUGAAGAUGGCACUGUAAGAUGGUUUGAUACUCGAAUCAAAACAAGUUGCACAAAGGAAGAUUGUAAAGAUGAUAUUUUAAUAAACUGUCGGCGUGCUGCCACUUCUGUUGCUAUCUGUCCACCAAUCCCGUACUAUCUUGCUGUGGGUUGUUCUGAUAGCUCAGUAAGAAUAUAUGAUCGGCGAAUGCUUGGUACAAGAGCAACAGGUAAUUAUGCUGGUAGGGGCACUGUUGGAAUGGUGGCACGUUUUGUUCCUCCUCAUCUCAAUAACAAAUUCUGCAGAGUAACGUCUCUAUGUUAUAGUGAAGAUGGUCAAGAGAUCCUUGUUAGCUACUCUUCAGAUUACAUAUAUUUGUUUGAUCCCAAGGAUGACACAGCACGAGAACUUAAAGUUCCUUCUGCUGAAGAAAGACGGGAAGAGUUACGUCAACCUCCGGUUAAACGUUUGCGGCUAAGAGGGGACUGGUCAGAUACUGGACCAAGGGCAAGACCUGAGAGUGAACGAGAAAGAGAUGGGGAACAAAGUCCUAAUGUCUCUCUAAUGCAAAGGAUGUCAGAUAUGCUGUCAAGAUGGUUUGAAGAAGCUAGUGAAGUUGCACAAAGCAAUCGAGGACGAGGAAGAUCAAGGUCCAGAGGUGGGACUAAUCGGACAGAUGCUCCUGCUACUAAUACUGUGCCACCUAAUACAGAAUCAGAAACUGCAAUGGAAGUAGAUGGUUCUGAACAACUUCCAUCAUCAUCAUCUUCUACAGUGUCAGCCCAAGCUCCUUCAACAUCAUCUUCAACAGGAAGUCCCCCUUCAACUUCAUUAUUGUCCUCUCCUGAUAAUGAACAAAGGCCUUCUUUAGGGGCCUCAGCUCAACCUUUGCUCCAUCAGUCUGAGUUAAUGGGACCUGAGUUAGCUAUAAUCCGUAGGGGUCUACGACGACUGAGGCUUAAGAAGGCAGAACAACAGAGACAGCGAGAGCUAGCUGAGGGUUCAGCGCCACAGUCCUCCUCCUCUGAUCAGUCCUCUUCUAAGGGCUCCUCACAGGACCCUCAGACAUCAGAUUCUCCUUCUUCUGUGGUUAACAAACAGCUUGGAUCCAUGUCACUUGAUGAGCAACAGGAGAGUGAUAAGCCACGAACAGGAACAGGUGAACCAGUUUUAAGUUUGCACUACAGUACAGAAGGAACGACUACAAGCACGAUAAAACUGGAUUUCACUGAUGAGUGGAGCAGCACAAAUUCAAGCUCUAGAGGGAGUGGAAGUCACUGCAAAACUGAAGGCCAAGAAGACUCUGUAAAAACAAAAGCCUCAGAAGAGUCAGGGCCUGAAGAUGAAGAAACAAGAGUUCGUGAUGAAUCUCACGAGGAAAACAUAAGUGCUGAAGAACUGAAAACUGCAGAUGAAACUGUAGAGAUGUCAGAAGCAACUGUAUCAGAUAAACCUGGUCCUGAGCAUUCUGGAAUCCAACCAGAAGAAGAUGGCCCCAGUGUUGACGCUGUCUCUGGAAAUGUAGAGGAAGAAGCCUCCAGUGAAAAAAAUGCAAAUCAGGAAAUUUCAAGUCAAAUUACUGAACCCACUGCCAACUCUCUUGCUGCAAACGAUGAGCCUCAGCCACACCUGAAAUUCUCAGGGCUUGCAACUCCCAAUGAGUCCUCUACCAGGACCUCAGCUCUCCAAGAAACUGAUGAUAGUGAUGAUGAUCCUGUUCUGAUCCCAGGGGCAAGGUAUAGAGGAGGACCAGGACACAGACGAUCUGCUGUUGCCCGCAUUCAGGAGCUCUUCAGAAGGAGGAAAGAAAGAAAAGAAAUGGAAGAACUUGAAACAUUGAAUAUUAGACGUCCUUUAGUAAAGAUGGUUUAUAAAGGUCAUCGGAACUCACGAACAAUGAUAAAGGAAGCCAAUUUUUGGGGAUCUAACUUUGUCAUGAGUGGUUCAGACUGUGGCCAUAUUUUUAUAUGGGAUCGACAUACUUCUGAACAUCUCAUGCUGCUGGAAGCUGAUAAUCAUGUGGUGAACUGUCUUCAGCCUCAUCCAUUUGACCCAAUUCUGGCCUCUUCGGGUAUUGAUUAUGAUAUAAAAAUUUGGUCACCAUUGGAAGAGUCCAAGAUUUUUAACAGAAAACUUGCAGAUGAGGUUAUAACACGUAAUGAAUUAAUGCUGGAAGAGACCAGAAACACUAUUACUGUUCCAGCUUCUUUUAUGUUACGAAUGUUGGCUUCGUUGAACCAUAUAAGAGCAGACCGAUUGGAAGGUGACAGAUCAGAAGGAUCUGGUCAGGAAAAUGAAAAUGAAGAUGAAGAGUAACUGGCAGUUGUGUGCAAGUACCUAGAUGUUAAUGGAAUUUGUACAAGACAUUAAUUAUAUUUUUCCUUACAGAGCUUUAGUGCAAUUCUAAGGUAUUGCUUUUGGAUAACCUAACCUUUUGUUUUUGAAUGACUGUGUGCAUGACUUUGGGAGAGUGUGCAAGUAAAAAAAGCAAAAAUGUUUUUAAAAUGUUAUGCCAUGUAUGAGGGGUGCUAGAAGAUGCAAAGUGCAAUAUUUUCCUUAACCUGCAAAUGUGGGAGCUUGGAUCAAUGUUUUAAAGUAACUUUCAUUAUAGUAAAAACGUUGGUUCAAAUAAAUUUCUAUACCUGCUGUUUGCAUGUUUGUUGCUUUCUAAUUAAAAGAUUUGGUUGUUUUAAGUAAA